UUUUCAGAAAUAACUGACAGUGACAGCAAGUCAUGCAGUAGCCAUCAGAGCCUAAAUGGUACCACAAGAUGGGCUCAGUCUUUGGAAAGUUUGCUGGAAGAUCCUGAAGGUGUAAAGAACUUUAGGGACUUUUUAAAGAGAGAAUUUAGUGAAGAAAAUGUUUUAUUCUGGCAAGCUUGUGAAGAGUUUAAGAAGAUACAAGAUAAAAAACAGAUGCAAGCAAAGGCAAAUGAAAUUUACAGAAAUUUCUUGUCAAAUAAAGCUUCUUAUCAAGUCAAUGUAGAAGGGCAGUCUCGUUUGGAUGAAUCAAUACUGGAAAAACCUCACCCUCUGAUGUUUCAGAAACUUCAAGAUCAGAUUUUCAACCUCAUGAAAUAUGACAGCUACAGCCGCUUCUUGAAAUCAGAAAUGUUUCUUAAAUUGAAGGAAACUGAAGAAGAGGAGGAAAAUUCACCUGAUCCUCAGACUGCAGCAAAAAGAGCUUCUAGAAUUUACAAUACAUGAUCCAAAUAACAACAAUCUAUAGUUCAAUAGUUCCUACUGAGACUACAGUGAAAAGCAAAUCAGCUCUCAGGAAUAAUCUUUAUGGUUAACACAGAUGCAUUUAGAAGCUUGAAUCCUAGAAUCCUAUUAGAGAAAUCUUACCUUUGGUUGCUUCAGUGACCUGUUUCUUGCCAGUGGUUGCUUCCAGAUACAGGUAGUCCUCGACUUAUGACCACAAUAGGGACCGUAACAUAUGUUAAGUGGUGCAGCCGUUAAGCAAGGCAUAACGUGACUGCACCCGAUUUUACAUCUUUUUUGCAGUGGUUAAGUGAAUCACUGCGGUCGUUA